AUUUAACGAUUAAACCAUUAUAUUUUUUUUAACCUUUUAAAUAAACAAAUUUCCCAGUUACUAGUUACUGGCAAAAUACAGAAAAGUAAAAUGUAAUGUCAAAUUUUAUUGAUUUAGCCUUUAAACAAAUGCUCUUUGGUGAUAGUUCAUUGGCUAAAUCCAUCAGAAUCACCAAACUAAUGAGGAAAGACCACUACAACCUGUUAUCGUUACUACGCAAGCAUCACUGCAACCGCCGAUCGAUUCAACAAAUCCACGCUCACUUGGUCACUACUGCCGCCAUAAUUCAAACACCACCACCACCAAUCAGUCUCUGGACCACCAUCCUCCACCAUUACUCACUUGGGAAUUCCCCCGAUGAAGCUUUUUUGCUCUAUAAGCACCAUCUCCACCCCACCACCUUGUUUUAUGGCGAUAGUUUCACAUAUGCUUUCUUGAUAAAAUCCUGUGCUAAUUCACAUCUACCCAUGUCGGGUUCACAACUCCAUUCUCUCACAUUCAAAUUCGGGUUUGAGAGUCAUGUUUACGUCCAAACCGCUUUAGUCAACAUGUAUGUCGUAUGUGGGCAUUUACUCGAAUGUCGCAAAGUGUUCGAUGAAAUGCCUGAAAGAAAUCUAGUCACAUGGAACGUUUUAGUAACAGGUUUAGCAAAACUCGGUGAAAUUGUGCUAGCGCGAUCUUUCUUUGAUAUAAUGCCUAUUAAGAAUGUUGUUUCUUGGAGUGGUAUGAUAGACGGGUAUACACGAGCAAAUCAACCCAAGGAAGCAAUUUCAUUGUUUAGACACAUGCUUUCACUUAACGAUAAUACAAAGCCAACUGAGAUCACCAUUUUAGCGGUUUACCCUGCGAUUUGGAAUCUUGGGUCUUUGGAGUUAUGUCAAUCGGUUCAUGCUUAUGGAGAAAAAAACGGAUUUUAUAUGAUAGAUAUACGUGUUACGAAUGCUUUAAUUGAUGUGUAUUCAAGGUGUGGAAGUGUGGAGAGUGCUUUGCGAGUUUUUGAAGGCAUAACAAGUGAGAUGAGGAAUUUAGUGUCGUGGACAUCGAUUAUCUCUGUAUUCGCAAUGCAUGGAAUGGCAAGGGAGGCUAUGGAUAGUUUUAAAAGAAUGGAGGAAAUAGGGAUGAAGCCUAAUAGAGUUACAUACUUGAGUAUUCUAAGUGCUUGUAGUCAUGGAGGAUUAGUUGAAGAAGGGUUAGUGUUUUUCAAGAAAAUGGUGGAUGAGUCUGGUAUUGUGCCUGAUAUAAAGCAUUAUGGGUGCUUGGUUGACAUGUUGGCGAGAGCAGGGAGGAUUGAAGAAGCAGAGAAAGUGGCUUUGAAGGUGCCUAAAGAUUUGGAUAAUGAUGUGAUUUGGAGGGUGCUUCUUGGGGCAUGUAGCUCCUAUAAUAAUGUUGAGACAGGGAAGAGAGUCACGAGGAGAAUAUUUGAAAAGGAGAGAGGUUACUCUAGUGAUUAUGUGCUUAUGUCAAACAUCUUCUCUAGUGUGGGUGAUUAUGUUGAUUCAGAGAAGGUUAGGAGAAAAAUGGAUCAAAUGGGUGUUUGUAAACUACCUGGUCGUAGUUCCAUCUAAGCUUUGAAAUGACAAAAAGAUACUCGGUUAAUAGAAAAAAUAAAUUACGUGUAGUAGUAUAAAUUGUCUUAAUUAUAAACUAGACUUCCAACUCAAAUUCUUGAGGUUUCAUAGUAUAACUUAUAAAGACAAACCUAUAUCAUACAUACAGGCUACAGCGGACAUAAGCAAACCCAAAAAAAGAACCAUGGAACAAGAAAAGGGCCCAUAUAAAAUUGGCCCAAGCCGCCCAACGAUUAGACAAACUAUAACUAUUUGUACACUUAUAAUUAGAGAUGCACGUGAGCCUGUUUUAACCGGCUAAUAUCUUUUCUUCAAUUUGUACACUUACUUUUUUUUUUUUCUUUUUUUUUUAACCGUUGUGUUUAGCUAACUCUAACUAUAAUCAUUAACUCAUUAAGCCAUAUAAUAAAAGUCAGUGAACAACUAAUAGCAUCAAAUAGCUUUUUCUCCAAUUUAGUUACAAGGAAGUGGAAUGACCAAAUUGAAAAAAAAAAAAUAAUAAUAAUAAAAA